AUGAAUCAACUGAGCGCCCAGACCGUGAAUCAAGUUUCGGAGGUCGAUGAAAGCGUACCCGAGAAAGCAGGGUCUUUGAAGACAAACGAUGCUGUGAGUAUACGCGGAGUUGCUGAAGUUCCUCGAGAUGAGGAACUUCGGUUGCUUCGCAAGUUCGACUGGCUCCUUCUACCACCGCUCACUUUCAUGUACCUUUGCAAUGCGUUGGAUAAGGGAAAUGUUGGAAACGCGAAGACAGACGGAUGGGAUAAAGACACUCAUUUGACGGGUGACCAAUACUACCUUUUGGUCAUGAUCUUCUACGUACCCUUCUGCUUAUUUGGCACACCGAUUAGUAUCUUCAUCAAGAGAUUCUCCGCCGCUCGAGUCUUGCCCAUCAUGAUGAUUGGUUUUGUAUGUAAUCUAUCCCCUAUUCUAUUGCAUAAUUUCUCGCAAAUCUUUGCUAUCAGAUUCUUUCUAGGCAUAUUCGAAUCAGCAAUGCUUCCUGGAGUGGUUUUCUACUUAUCUACGUUUUACAAGCGAAACGAGCUCGCCUCCCGAGUGGGCCUCUUCUAUGGUACGAUAGUAAGGCUGCCAUCAGGUCUUCUCGCUUUUGGAGUGUUUCAUAUCCAUGAUCCGAAAUAUCACUCUUGGCAAUUCUUGUUUUGGGUGGAAGGAGGGGCAACGGUCAUUUUUGCGGUCUUCGCCCUCCUUUGGCUGCCGCGGUCUCCCACCACAUGGUGGUUCCUCACGGAACGUGAAAAAGAAAUCGCUGCCAUUCGAAUCCUCUCCGACUCAUCUACUGCCGUGAAUGAAAAACUGAACAUUCGCGAUGCCUUUCGCCCUUUCAAGGAUUGGCACUAUUGGAUUUGGGCGUUUAUCAGCCUAGCGCUCGGUGUCCCUCUCGCAAGUGUUAACAACUUCCUGCCACAGAUUGUCGCAAGCUUAGGAUACAGCACCGUCAAGACCAAUUUAUAUACUAUCGCUCCGAACAUCGUGGGCACCGUCGCCCUUCUCGUCCUGACCUUCUCUUCUGACCAUUUCCGUGAACGGUCCAUCCACAUAUGCAUCCCAUUAGCGACGGCUUUGACGGGCUUUAUCAUAUUAGGCUGUAUCGACCCUACCGAAAGGAAGGCAGUAGCAUAUUUUGCGUGCUUUCUACUCACUAUGGGUGCUUUUGCACCUUCUGUGCUCGUUGCAUCGUGGUACGCCAAUAAUACGCCCAGUGAGAACCGCCGGGCUGUUGUUGCAGCAGUCAUGGUCGCCAUAGCGAACGCUGCUGGUCUCAUAUCUACGAAUGUCUUUCGUGCAAAGGAUGAGCCGAAAUACGUCCCUGCGCUUAUCACAUCUGCUGUGUUCGGUGCGUUUUGUCUGGUCCUUGUGGCAAGCAUGGGUGUGUAUAUGCGAUGGGAGAAUAGGAGAAAAAACAGGGAGCAAGGUGUCAGUAUCACGGCGGCUGAUGUCUCCACCCAGGCUCUGGGUGAGGGCCACCAGUCGCCUUCUUUCCGGUGGAUGUACUAA